GAGCCGCUGCAGCGUCGCUAAAGGAGAACAGUGUGGAGCUCAGUCAUCCAAAAACGGCCUUUCAAUGGGAGAAAAGCAGGGGAGCCCGAGAAAAUGUCGGUCCCACAGCAGUAAAUUACUCAACUAGUAGAGGGAAAAAAGGCGAAUUUCUCCUUUUUGUUUGUGUUAUUGUUGUUUUUCGCUGCUGAAAGUAGCUGGAAAUAGGUCCACUCCAGAAAAGCUAAACUAACGUUACCGAGUUCGUCUCCAGCUCGCUGCACGUUUUUUGGGAUUGUGUAUGGAAGAUGUCGGAGAUACCUUGGGAAAGAAAGCUUCAGGUGCUUUUUUCUUUGUGUUCAGCUCUGUUGUGCCUGCAGGGAGCUGCUGCUGCUCUUAGUGACGCUGAUGUCCCUGUGUUUACGGAGGAACCGCUGUCAGUGGUGCAGAAGCUGGGGGGCAGUGUGACUCUCCGCUGCAGUGCCCAUCCCGCAGAGGCCCGGAUCAGCUGGCGUUUGAACGGGCGUGAGCUGGGUGGCGGUGAUGAGGAGGCAGAGCUUGGUGUGCUGCUGCAGCCCGGAGCUCUGUUCAUCCCAUUCCUCACCAACUCCACUCUGGGCCGAUACCAGUGUGUAGCCAGCACCAGCGCUGGAGCCCGAGCUAGUGUACCUGCUAACAUCACUGCAGCCAAGCUCAGAGACUUUGAGCCCGAUGACCAGCAGGAGAUUGAGGUGGAUGAGGGAAAUACAGCAGUGAUUGAGUGCCAUCUACCAGAGAGCCAGCCUAAAGCCCAGGUCCGCUACAGCGUCAAACAGGAGUGGCUGGAGACGUCUAAAGGGAAUUACCUGAUCAUGCCAUCAGGGAACCUGCAGAUAGCCAACGCUACACAGGAGGACGAGGGGCCUUACAAAUGUGCUGCAUACAACCCGGUUACCCAGGAGGUCAAAACCUCCACCUCCACUGACCGCCUCCGCAUACGACGCUCCACGUCAGAAGCAGCACGAAUCAUCUACCCGCCCACGUCCCGCUCUAUGACGGUACGGAAAGGCCACCGUAUGGUGCUGGAGUGUGUGGCCAGUGGCACCCCCACCCCACAGGUCACCUGGGCAAAGGACGGCCGCGACCUGCGACCCCAAAACAAUACCCGCUUCCUCCUCAGCAACCUGUUGAUCGAUGCUGUGGGUGAGAGCGACUCGGGCACCUAUGCCUGCCACGCCCACAAUGGCAUGGGCUCUCCUGGCACAGCCACUGUACUCUAUGACGUGCAAGUGAUCGAGGCUCCUCAGGUGCGCAUGGAGCUGCAACAGCAGGAACCUGUGAGGGGGGACACAGUGAGGUUCAGCUGUCAGGUUCGGGGAAACCCAACCCCCAGCGUGUUGUGGCUACACAACACACGCCCCCUUAGCCCCUCCCCUCGUCACCGCAUAUCUGCCCAAACCCUGCGUGUGCUGAACGUGGGGCCGCAGGAUGAUGGAGUGUAUCAGUGCAUGGCUGAGAACUGGGUGGGCGGAGCUCAAGCUGCAGCAAGACUCCUCACUGUGCCUUCGUCACCCUCUCGUCCAGGCCGCCUGCCCCUCAUUCGCCCUCUGAGCCCCGAUAAGGUUUUGCGGGAGCAAGUUCCAGCCCGCCCUGUGGUCCCCAGUGCAGAUGUGCUAGUGGACUGCUCAGAAAUCCUGGGAAGCAUUUCUCCCGCCGAGGCUCCUGUCAUCUUGAGCCAGCCGCGGACAGGAACGGCUGACUACUACGAGCUCAUCUGGGAACCAAGGCAUGACGGGGGUGCUCCAGUACUGGAGUACAUUAUCAAAUACAGAAAGGCUGGUGACUCUUUAAGUGAGUGGACCAUCAAAAACAUCUCUGGUUUGGAGAACAAACUGACUCUUGCCAAACUGCAGCCAGCCAGCCUGUAUGAAGUGGAGAUGGCAGCCAAAAACUGUGCUGGUCUUGGUCAGCCUGCAAUGAUGACCUUCAGAACUGGCAAAGGCCGCAGAAACGCAGGUGGACCAAUAGAGCGUCCCAAACCAGUGCCACCAUCACGUCUGUCUCCCCCAGAAGCUCCAGACAGACCCACAGUCACCACAGCAUCAGAAACCUCGGCCUAUGUGACAUGGAUUCCCCGUGGAAACCGAGGCUUCCCCAUCCAGUGCUUCCGUGUGGAGUAUAAGAAGCUGCGGAAGGACGGAGGAGGUGGAGGCGGAGGCGGAAGCGAGUGGGAAGUAGCAGAGGAUAACAUCUCCCCAUCGCGCCUUUCAGUGCAAAUCAAAGGCCUGGAGAAAGGGACUUCAUACAAGUUUCGUGUUUUGGCGGUGAACGUUUUGGGGGCGAGUCCUCCAAGUGCCCCCUCUAAAGCUUACACAGUGAUGGGCAGCAGCCAGACCAACCCACGUCCUGUUGACGGCCCUUACAUCACCUAUGCUGAAGCCAUCAAUGAGACCACCAUCAUCCUUAAGUGGACCUACACACCAGUGAAUAACACCCCCAUCUACGGCUUCUACAUCUACUACCGACCCACUGACAGUGACAAUGACAGCGAUUAUAAGAGAGAUGUAGUGGAGGGUGACCGAUACUGGCACGCCAUCACUAGUCUGCAGUCUGAAACAGCUUAUGAUAUUAAGAUGCAGUGUUUCAAUGAGGGAGGUGUCAGCGAGUUCGGGAACGUCGUCAUCUUAGAAACCAAAGCUCGACCCAACCAGAAACACACCACCCCAGAGACGUCCUCUCAUCGGCCGGACACCAGAGAUCCUGUGCCACGCCCGAGCGACCUGCCCUACCUGAUCGUGGGAGUGGUAGUGCUGGGAGGGCUCGUCUUCAUCAUUGUCGCUUUCAUUCCAUUCUGUCUUUGGAGAGCCUGGGCCAAGCAGAAACAAACGUCAGAUAUGUGCUUUCCUGGGGUGACGGCACCCCUGCCCUCCUGCCAGUACACUAUGGUGCCAUUGCAGGGAAUGGCGCUGGUAGGCCACUGUCCUCUGGACUCCCGCCUGAACCCCGGCCAUACCGCCUAUUCACCCAAAGGAGAGUACACCGCCAACGGGAAACAUCACACACACUGCCUUCCUGAACUGCAGCAAGAAGAUGGUGAUUGUGAAAUAGAAUGUGGGACGUUAUUGCCACACAGACUUUCCAAUGGACAUUCGCAUGCCUAUCACUACUCUAAUGGCGUUCCUGCCCAUGUGGAUGAGGAGAGCAGCUGUGAGCCUGGAGACUCUACUGUAGAGCUCCUCUGCCCACAACCUGAACAUCCGGAACACAUGCUGGAGAACCACACUCUCUCUGAGACGCUGCACUUAGAGGACGAGAUAAGUGCAGACCUGCCACUGUUAGCAGUCUCAGACAACACUGUCACCACAGCGGCACUGCAAGACGCAACACAACAGGAAGUCAGCCAGAUCCGGUGUGAAAGUCAUCCAGAAGAGCGAGGACCAUGGGAUGGGUGAACAAAGAACAGAAAAGAAAAAAAGGACAAAAAAAAAAAAAAAAGAACAGAGAGUAUUUAUUUUUGUAUAACAGAUACUAUAUUUAUAUAUUUAUGCUUGUGUAAAUAGUACAGUUUUGUUAUCCUGUAUAUAUGGAUUGUUUAUAUCAGAUAAACAUGUAUUACUAUGUUUUGCUUGUCACCACCAGGACAAAGGGAGAUCCCAACAGAAGACAUUAGUAAAUCAUCUUUCUUGGGCAUAAAUAAGCUUCACAUUGUUCUUUAUCUUGCUUCUGUGGAUGUAACGGCUGGAAACCUUACCAGUGUUGCUCAUGCUUUACAGAUAAAAAGAUUAUCUUUAACCAACUCUUAAGACUGCUAGAAUGUGGAGAGCAUGAACAAAACAGGCAGCAGAAUGCCAUAUUUAGCAGCAGACCUUCUCCUCAAACACCUUACGUUGAGUAGCACUGUUGCUGCCUACAUAACUCUGGUUUGAUUGUAUGAUUGUAACUUUAAUAAUGUUUUCACUGAAUGAUUGUAACGUUCAUAACAUUUUCACUGAAUGAAAGUGGCAUUAUUGGUGGUGGUAGGCUUCUUGGUGCAGUGUUCAACCAUUUUUGUACAUAUAUCACUAAGAAAUAUAUAUUUCAUCAUUAACAAAGUAUUAACAAAUUGUAUGCAAUGUAUAAGCACCAUGGCUUUAGUAAUAUUGACUAUGAACAUUUUUAAUAACUGAAUGGGAAACCUGGAAUGAACACAUCUACCUUAGAUUAUACUGGUUUUUUUGGUGCUUGGCUGAUUUUAAGGAGCCUUACAUCUUAUAAAGACCAUUUAAAUGAGUUACAAAUUCAGAAAUCUUGAAUCAAGCUCCUUGGAAUCAGGUUUGGCGCCGAAGAUCGGAAUUUACAGUUUUCAGUUAACUGUAAACUACACUACUGCAUCAGUAUUAGCCUUCUCACAAAGAACUCUGAAAUAAUGAAGGAAAACAUGAAUCUCCAACUCAUUUUAGAAGUGUAUGUAGCUGUUGUGGUUACAUGACCUUGAGCACUAUUGCAUGUAAAUAAAGCUAAAGAAAUCAUA